AUGUUUGAUCACACACAGUAUCCCUAUAAUUGCUUUAACUAUGAUGGAGAUGAUUACCCAACCUGCAGUUCUGAUGAAGAAAAAAAAUGUACCAGACCUGCAUACAGUUACAUUGCUUUAAUUGCAAUGGCCAUUCAGCACAGCCCCAGCAGCAAAGUGACCCUGUCUGGUAUAUACGACUUUAUUAUGAAAAAGUUCCCAUACUACAGAUCCAAUCAAAGAGCGUGGCAGAACUCUAUCCGACACAACCUGUCUCUCAACAGCUGUUUUGUGAAGGUUCCAAGAACAGAGGGUAAUGAGAAAGGCAAAGGAAAUUAUUGGUCAUUUGCAUCAGGUUGUGAAUCAAUGUUGGACCUCUUUGAAAAUGGAAAUUACAAGAGAAGACGGAGAAGAAGGAACAUGAAAAAAUGCCAGAAAGACAAAAAACAGUCUCAAGGACUGCAUCCAGGAGAAUUAUCUAUAGCCAGCAGUUCUGCACAAGUUGUCUCUGGCAGGGAAGAAACAACAGAAUCAAAAUUCAGACAAACACAAUCUGACAAUUUGUUUCCAAGCCAUAUCUCUAACAAAAAACAGGGCCAAACUAAUGUCAACCUAGGAAAAUCAGAUGAAAUUAAAUUUAGCAUUGAUUAUAUUCUGUCAGCACCAGACCCUUUGCCGGUUCUAAGGUCUCAACAUUGUAUUAUAGACAACAUAUACCAUCCACUGGAUCCUCAGCAACUAAAUCUGCAGUUUUGGACUCUGUGA